GAUGUCAGCCGGUGUGUUCGCUGGUGCGUGCAUGUUCGCCACGCACCUCAAUCAUCAUCUUACUAGCUCAUGCUUUUUUUACUCUAAAAACGCAAUCAUGAACACAUUGCACUCGGUCCACAGAGCAAGAAAGAGCGAGAGAUGAGUACGGCGACUGAGAUAAUGGAGAGAGACGCAAUGGCUACGGUGGCUCCCUACGCUCCGGUCACCUUUCACCGCCGUGCUCGUGUUGACAUGGAUGAUAGACUUCCUAAACCUUAUAUGCCAAGAGCACUGCAAGCACCCGACAGAGAGCAUCCGUAUGGAACCCCAGGCCAUAAGAAUUAUGGACUUAGUGUUCUUCAGCAACAUGUCGCCUUCUUCGAUUUAGAUGAUAAUGGAAUUAUCUAUCCUUGGGAGACCUACUCUGGACUGCGAAUGCUUGGUUUCAAUAUCAUUGUAUCGCUUAUCGCAGCCGCUGUAAUCAACUUGGCCCUUAGCUAUGCUACUCUUACGGGAUGGUUUCCUUCGCCGUUCUUCCCAAUAUACAUACACAAUAUACACAAGUCAAAGCAUGGGAGCGACUCAAGAACAUAUGACAAUGAAGGGAGGUUUAUGCCUGUGAAUCUUGAGUUGAUAUUUAGCAAAUAUGCGAAAACAUUGCCAGACAAGUUGAGUCUUGGAGAAUUAUGGGAGAUGACACAAGGACAACGUGACGCAUGGGACAUCUUCGGAUGGUUCGCAAGCAAAAUAGAGUGGGGGUUGUUGUACUUGCUAGCGAGGGAUGAAGAAGGGUUUCUGUCAAAAGAAGCGAUUAGGAGGUGUUUUGACGGGAGCUUGUUCGAGUAUUGUGCCAAGAUCUACGCAGGUAUCAAUGAAGACAAGACAGCCUACUACUAAAAGUAAAUGGUAGAGGAGCUUUAGGCUGAUAAUCGUCCAUGUGAAUGUAACUUGUGUCUAAAGCAGAGUCCAUGUGUUUGUUAUGUUAUGUCCAAAUCUGUAAGGUAGAAGUAUCAUCAGUUGCAGCUGGUAUAGAAAAGCUUCUAUGUUCAAUAAUAAUAGUAUGUUUUGUUGUUGUGUUUGUGUUUGUGUUUGUAUCAACCCUUUUUCAGUUAUUUCCAGUUCAAAUGUAAUUUUUCAUUGUUGUUACUUGGUAUUGAGAAUCAUUUUUUUUUUUUUUGUCAACAUUUUCAUUAAUGCCCACAUGGGCUUUUAAAGAUUACAAUGCAAACAAAAGCAAGCUCAGUUUCUAGAUUACACAAAAAAAUAUAUAUCUUUAGUGCAUUACACGAUCGUACUCACUUUUAUUUGCAUCGUUUGAAGCCUUUGCUUUGAUUAUCCCAAAAGAUUGUUGAGAUUUAGACUUAAACACCAAGAGUUAAGAACCCAGUUAAUCGGAUUAGAGCAUUCUUUAAAACACCGUCUGAACACAACCAGAGUUUUAAAUCUUCAUACUCUUCUCCGGAUAACCGCAACACCUUGAAUCUUCACACAUGGAUGACCUGCACUUUAAAUCGCCAUAGCCAAGAAGUGAGGGUUUACUUUCUCAUGAGCAAAGAGUCAAGCAUUAGUGAAAACCCAAAUCUGUUCAAUCGAUUGGGGAAGACCAGAAAGAGAUUAGAACACACAAAGGCUAGAGAUUUUAAGCCGAUUAAACAAAAGAUAAACCGAACCCAAUCGGAGUUAAAGAUCCGUACAAGACGGAAGAACAAAA